CUUUGACUGUAAAAAAUAUGCAAAUGACGGCGGACGUGCAGGCAUCUGAGGACAGACCUGCGCACUCCAAAAUGGCGAACAGCAACAAGGAACUGGAAGAGGAGCUUUACGACAAGGUCGUAGAUCUGACAGAAUACGCCAAACGUCAGCGAUGGUGGAAUCGCCUUUUCGGAAAAAAUUCUGGUCCUGUAGCAGAGAAAUACUCUGUGGCCACGCAGCUUGCCAUAGGAGGCGUGAGCGGAUGGUGUGCAGGUUAUCUCUUCCAAAAGGUUGGAAAAUUGGCUGCUACCUCUGUAGGUGGAGGUCUUCUGCUGCUGCAGAUAGCCAACAACAGUGGCUACAUCCAGGUGGACUGGAAGAGGGUAGAGAAGGAUGUCAACAAAGCUAAGAAGCAGUUAAAAAAGGGAACAAAUCAAGCAGCUCCUGAGCUGAACACAUUUUUUGAAAAGUCCACUGAGUUUGUGAAGAAAAACAUUGUGGUCACAAGCGGCUUCGUUGGAGGAUUCCUGCUCGGCCUGGCAUCUUAGAUUCUGCCAAAGGAAAAACAGUCUGGACGUCUGAUGUUAAGAGAAUCUCAAAAUCAUUGAUAGGGGGUUUUUAAUUGUUUUGACAGCCAGUUUCAGUUUAGCUUCUAUGUAUAUGUUCUACAUGAGUCAUACAUCUUUUAGUCUGUAAUACUGUACAACCUACAUAACAGGCAGACUGGAAUCUCAGACCAAAAGGGCCCUCUUAAUACUAACAUGACGAUGAAUAUUAUGCAGAAUUAUUUUAC